GGUCACGCUUGCAGACACGAAAAAAAAGAGGCGGCUCAUCUUGGUGUACUCGCUUUAUACUUUCUUCAUCUAUCCUCUCAUCUCAUUACUACACCAUGAAAAAGACUUUUGGAACCAACAACAAGAAUAAGGACAAAGACAAGGACAAGGACAAGAAGAAGGCCCCUAAGGAGGAAUCUACGCCUCAGACUUGGGAGGAAUAUAUGGAGGGUACUGCUCUUGCCUUUCUUUCCCUCGUGUUUCGUUCACUUUACACUCCAGAGAACCUCGUCAGCUAACCCAAGAUAUCUGCGCCUAUCUCUUCUUCUGUUCAUACUACUAUAUGGGCAAUUGGUGUGUUUCCUUCCAUACUCCAUAUCCAGAGGGCGUUCUUCUCGAGGAAAAAGGCGAGCGCUACGGCACAGGAGAUAAGGCAAGGCGCUUCUAUGAGAAGGCCGGCAAUAUGUACCACAGGGCCUGCAACCUCAAUCCGAAAGACUCUGACUGUCUUUACAACUUCGGACGAGUUCUCUACAUCCUCGUCGACUUUACACAGUCGCCUCGCCAGAAGCUGUCUCUGUUGGACGCUUCAAUUGAGCGCUUCAGGUCCGCUCUGACCUAUGACCCCGACAAUACCGAUACUCUUUUCAAUCUUGGCCAAGCAUUGACGACCCACGCAGAAAUUAUCCAGGAUCGCGAUGAAGCGGAAGAAAAAGAGGAUGGCGAUCACAAACACAAGCACGACAGCAGUAAUCAUAUCCACAGUAGCCCCGAAGAGUCUGCUGCACUGGAAUUACAGGAGGCCAUCAGUUUAUUCGAGACCUGCUAUUCAAUCCAGCAGCACGAGCUCUAUGAAGCUGUUCAGGUAGCCCAUCCCAAGGACGGCAACAAGGAGGAGAAGCCUGAAGAUUUGGCAGAGCAAGAGCAGCAGGAACUGUCGGCUUCCGCGGGCGUUUUGAUCGAUACGCUGAUCUCUGCUUCACAGGCGUUGACAUCUUUGGCCUUCUUGGUCGAGACAGUCGAGCGUUCCCAGGCGUAUUACAAGCAGGCAACACAGAGACUCGAUGUUGCGCUUGGAGUGGCCAAUGACAAGUUGUUGUGGCCGGCUGCUCAGGAGGAGAGUUCGUCCAGCAGCAAAGGCAAGGGAAAGGAGGCUGCCGCAGAGCUGAUUGUUGAGGGCGAGUCAGACGAUGUCUUGCCUGCCAUCAAACCAGUUUCGGUCUUCCGCGAGGCAGAGUCCCAGAGCAAGACUGUCAGCCAGAAAGAGAAGAUUUGCGACAUUCAUCUCCAGUACUCGAACGUCCUGUCAUCCCAAACCGACCGCAACUACCAGGAUACAGGAAAGACUAUGGAGGAGCUGUACAAAAAAUCAUUGCAGCAUUUGAAUGUGGUCCUGAGCUAUCAACCGCGUCAUGUGGAGGCACUCUGCGAUAAGGGUGAUCUUCUAGGCGCCUGGGCGCAAGGAUUGGCAGUCUUUGAUCAGGGAACUGCGGUUCCGACGGAAAGCGAUAUGGAGAAAUGGGAAACCGGCUCCAACAUCACACUGGGAACAAGCGACGUGGUUGCAGCCGAACCCACGGCCUCGCCCGCCGAAGGUGAGAAGACCAGUCGUUCUACAAAGACCUGGCAGCUCUUUGCGUCAGCGACUCGUGCAUUCCUUUCUGCCCUGGAAGUCGAGCCACAGAACACAUCGAUUCUGGAGAAAUUGGGGGAUAUCCAUUGGUCGAGGUCACUGUUAUCUUCGCCUGUUGCCCUCAAGAACCGGCCCAUGCUGCUGAACAAUGCCAGUGUGUACUACCGCUAUGCCUGGGAGUCUUGCCGCGAUGGUUCGGCCGAGAAUGUGGACGAGGACCAGAAAUUGGACAUCCUUUUGAGCUGGGCACAGGUGUUGAAAGCGAUCCCUGGAAAGGACGAGGAGAUGAAGCGCGUGCUGAAGCAAUGGCUUCGCUGCGGCGGUACCAAGCAGGUGCUGAAGGAUAUGUUGGACGGCGACACCGGAGAUAUCUUGCAGGAGGAAUUUGUGGAGUAUGCGCUCCAGUUGGUUCGUAAGGGAUUGUAACAAGCAGUUCGCAGAGUUCUUUUAAAAACACAUAAUAAAUACCAAUAAAAAAACGCAUAUCAGCUCGGGUGCAACGUGGGUACAGCAUCACCAUGGGCUCGCGGUGCGCUGUGGAACGUGGUGCUGAUCGGCG